CUCGACUCGCCUGCAGCACUCGCCUUGUUGGACAGGUUUCACUUCAGAGAUGGCUGCGAAAGUGUGCAGGUCGAUACUUCUCUUGUCCCGGAGCAGCGGAGCGGUGGCAGCCGGCUUCCCCGCACUGGUUGUCUCCUCACAUCGACACCACCAGCACAUAAAACCGGAGGUGCUGUCUGUCCCCCUCGCCCAUCAGACCUUUAGGAGAGCACAUGGGCUGCGGCCGACACCCAGACCAUCCGUCUUCGCCCAGCCUCCCACAUCCCUGUCACCUCAGGGUUUGAAGGGUGUCCCCACAUGGCAGGGUCAGAGGCUGCUCUGCUCUUCUGCAGCGUCUCCUGAGGAGGUGACGGUGGUGUAUCAGAACGGGCUCCCUGUGAUUUCGGUGACCCUGCCGUCCCGCAGAGAGCGCUGCCAGUUCACUCUGAAGCCGCUGAGUGACUGCGUGGGCGUGUUCCUGCAGCAGCUACAGGCGGAGGACCGGGGCAUUGACCGUGUCGCAAUCUACUCCACAGAUGGUGCACGGGUAGCCUCCUCCACAGGAAUUGACAUCCUGCUCCUGGAUGACUUCAAGCUGGUCAUAAACGACACCACGCACUUGGUGCGGCCACCCAGGAGAGAGUUGCUGGCACACGAGGAAGCGGAGAGGCUGAAUGAUGUGAAAUUCCUGGUGCAGCAGCUGUACACAACCCUGCGCAUCGAGGAGCAUCAGCUGAGCAAAGAGCGCGAGCUGAUUGGACGGCUGGAGGACCUAAACUCUCAGCUCCGCCCUCUAGAGAAGGUGAAGGAGGAGCUGAGCAGGAAGGCGGAACGCCGGACCACCUGGGUAUUGUGGGGGGGCAUGGCGUACAUGGCCACACAGUUCGGCAUCCUGGCGCGCCUCACCUGGUGGGAGUACUCCUGGGAUAUCAUGGAGCCCGUCACCUACUUCAUCACCUAUGGCACCGCCAUGGCCAUGUAUGCCUACUUUGUCCUCACGCGUCAGGAGUAUAUCUACCCCGAUGCCAGAGACAGACAGUUCCUCCUAUUCUUUCAUAAGGGAGUGAAGAGGACCCGCUUCGAUAUUGAGAAGUACAACAAACUUAAGGACGCCGUUGCUGAGGCGGAGUUGGAUCUGAAACGCUUGCGGGACCCCCUCCAACUCCAGCUACCCAUCCAGCAGAUCACCGCCAGCAAGGAUUGAUGGGAAGAGAGGCCCACCAGUCCCUCCCUCCAUCCUUCUCUUCCCUCCUCUUCCCUCUCUCCAUCCACUCCUCUUGCUUUCCUCCUGUUUCCUAUCUGCCUUUUUUUUUCUCAGACAAAACCAUCACUUCAGCAACCAGGGGGUUCCUUUUUUAAUUCUUUUUUUUUUUUAUUUUUCUGACCGACAACAAAGAAAAUUUAUAAUGGAAACCGGAAGAGGAGAGAUUAAGAAUAAGAAAAGCAAUGGAUCGCUUCUCACGAAGAAGGGACAAAAUAAUGAUUUGCAAGGAAGUUGAAAAACGUUGAACUUUCCGCUGAACAAACUGCAACGGAAUUAGGAGAGAUGCAGGAAGUCAUGCUGUCUGACAGGAAGUGACACGUAUCUGGAUAAGAUGUAGUGACACAGCGAUGACGCAAAUUCUCCCACCCCCACCCCCGCCCUCCAAAAGAAACGUGUGUAAACAAAGCACCUACCCUCGACGAACACACGGAGAAGCCAGCCGCAGCAUUACCGAUGAAUUAGAUCCCUCCUUUUUUCUCUGAGAGAGGCUGUCCUAUUUUGGGGUUUGGAGGCGGUGACUAUUACUGGAUAUUUAUCAAAUUGUCACAGAAUUACAAGGAUCCUGAAGAAUGUGUUCAGCCUACCUCACCCUGCACUCCAGAUCUGUUGAGGAAAGGGAACAUAGCUGUGGGGGUAAGAGUUGAUGGAAGAUUUGCUGCCCUGUCCUGCACCAUACCACCAUAGCCCCCCUCCCCUUCAUGCCGUUGGUCUCUCCCGUUUGUGUGUACAUCUCUUGUUGUCAGGCCCCCAAAAUGCUGCCACCCCUCUCUCUGCCCGCCAAUGAGGCCCCUCCCACUCUCUGUAUGAUGGACAGCAGAUGAAUGUUUGCUAAUAAAGAGCUUUACCAGGAGCCUGUGUGCCCGGGCUGUCUGCUGCCUGGGCAGCGUGUCAAAAGGCCAGCAGGUCAUGUGACACACUGCACUUCCUGUCUGUGACUUCCUGUGUGGACCUGGCGUCGUGUGCGACUGAGAGUGCUACCGGGCAAAAAUAACAUCACUGUGUGUUUAAUUAUUCCAAAAAAGAUUUUUUUGGCACUUUUUAAUUUGAAAGCCAUAAUAACUUUGUUAAGAAAAGAAUAUAUCAAUCAAAAUGACCAUAAGCUUGUUUUUCUCAUUGGGGGAGGCACCCCCUCCCUCCUUUUUUUCCACCCAAUCCGUUAUACCCAUCCACACACAUCCUAUGCCAUGGAGUCCUGCCCAUCUUCUCUUAACAUCCCCUUUUUCAUGCACCUGCAUCUUCUCUCACAUGCAGACGCACAUAUAGCACACGCUGUUCAGCUGUGAUCUGUAUUUGUUUUCAGGGAUACUGUGUAAAGGCACAAUCUCCACCUCUCUCUUGGGGCACCUCCCCUACUGUCAUGGUCUGUGUGUAUACUUCAUUACAGAAAUGAAAAAAAAAACACUAACAACAUCUCCCACAGUGCCUCACUGCUUCCAAAUCCCAGGAUGCAGUGCGACAGGCGGGUGGUUGCUCCCUUACCACACAAGCUGCUUUGAGGUGAUGGGAGUGACCAUCUUGGAAAGCAAGUAAGGGUUUUGCCAGUGGGUAGUCAAGCAGUAACAAGAGGUAUGAAUGUGUGAAUGAGGUUUGUGCUGAUUCUAUUUCUGAUUAUAUGUGUAAGUAUGGAGAAGCUUUAAGGCCCCCAUAGUUCCCUAGUUCAGAAAUUCUAUGAACAGGAAAUGGAGAGAGAGAAAGUGUAAUAUUUUAAAACCUAUUGUAGUAUUGAAGAGCUUCAGGUGACUUCCUGCCUUGCUGAAGAGCGAGAUCGGUGCAUCUUUGCAUGCCUGCGAGGCUUCAGGGGUGUAGUGCUACCUCCGACCCCUAUACCCUGCUGCGGUUCCACACUGCACCUGCACCACCUGAAAAAAUGUC